CCCUCCCUAACAUUACACCGUAGUUGGCCCAAAACUUGCAAGAAACAACUCGAGCGUAUGGAUUUUGAUUGUUUAUCUCCAACAGCAGAAUAUUUUUUGAUCAUCUUUAAGUGUGAGCUGUAAAAGCUCUCUCCAAACAACAUGUCUAAAAGUGAGGCAGAGGAGAUGAUAGAGAUAGAGAUAGACGAACGGGAGAAACAGGCGUGCCUGGAAGAAGGCAUUGAGGAUCAGACAAUCAAUGCAUCUGAUCUGAUUCAGCAAGAUAUUGACAUCAAUGAGCCAAUCGGAAAUUUGAAGAAGCUUCUGGAACCUCGCAUCCAAAUCUCGCUGGAUGCCUUUGACAUCUGCUUACAAGAUAUUCCGCUCCAUCCAGAUCACAGCCUCUUUGACCAGGGAGUAAAAACAGACGGCACCGUCCAGCUCAGCCUGCAGAUUAUAACCAAACCAGGAGAGGAGAAACUGAAUAUUUUGGAAAUAGUGAAGCCAGUAGAAACGGUAGAAGUUGUGAUUGAUCCCGAUGCUGCCGGAGAAGACGGCUCCUUGGUGGAGGAGGGACAGCUCAUUGCAGUUGAGCGGUCCGCCCUGUCUGAUGAGACCUCAGAGCAGGUCACACGCUGGGCCGCUGCGCUAGAAGGUUACCGCAAAGAGCAGGUCCGACUCGGCAUACCAUACGACCCCAUGCUCUGGUCUGCUGAUCAGGUGAUCCACUGGGCCGUGUGGGUCAUGAAGGAGUUCAACAUCGACGAAAUGGAGAUCGGCAGCAUUCACAUCCCAGGCCGAGACCUCUGCGGCUUCAAUCAAGAGGAGUUUCUUCAGAAAGUGCCCAACGGAGAGAUCCUGUGGAGCCAUCUGGAGCUCCUGCGCAAAUAUGUGUUGGCCAGCCAGGAUCAGUCUGGAGGGGAGGCCACGGUCACUAUUGAUCAGCCCGUGCAAAUAAUUCCAACUCAAGUGACCUCACCUACGGCCAUAAAGGUGCUCAAACAGAACCGUGGCCCCAGAACACCCCGAAUAUCAGGAGAAGAGCGCAGUUCACCUGGAAACCGCACAGGAAACAACGGUCAGAUCCAGUUAUGGCAGUUCCUCCUGGAGCUCCUGACGGACAAAGAUGCACGAGACUGCAUCUCCUGGGUCGGUGAGGAGGGAGAGUUCAAACUCAACCAGCCCGAGCUCGUAGCACAGAAAUGGGGCCAACGAAAGAACAAGCCGACGAUGAACUAUGAGAAGCUCAGUCGAGCCCUGAGGUAUUACUAUGAUGGUGACAUGAUCAGCAAGGUGCAGGGCAAGCGCUUCGUCUACAAGUUUGUGUGUGACCUGAGGACUCUGAUUGGCUACAGCGCAGCUGAACUCAACAACCUGGUGUCGGAGUGCGAGCAGAAGAAGAUGACUCGCCUGCACAUGCACGGCCUCGCUCAGCCCAUCACCACCGUGACCCUGGCCACCACGCUCGACAAGGACAGCUGAAGGAGGCCACGUUCAUGCUCCUCAGCUGCCGCAAGGAAAUUGUGCCGUCCCACGCCGGCUGGAAGUCCAAUCCCUGAUCGGUGUGGACGGUUUGAUGCAAGUUAAACUGAGGCAGAUGAAGUUUUUAUCUUUAACUCUACCGAGCAGAAGCGUGGGGAGCGAACGUCUUUAUUAGAUUGUCGUUAUCCCGACUGAACGCUCGAGCGUGACUGAAAACCCAGUUCAUAGCUGGUGUUCUGUAGUUCAGGAUCUUUUCCACUGUAAAUACUGAUACUUCGUGUUUUUGAUAGCCACAUGGGCAAAGGUAUUUUCAUAUUUUCCAUUUAUAAAAAGGACCCGUUUUGUAUUUUUAUUUAGUGUUCAUUUCCUAAAUUGUUGGACCUUUUUUUGUCCACUAGGGGGGAAUAAAGUCA